AUGGCCGCGGCCACCUCUAACCCCUACCUCCCCGGCAACGGCAUCCUGGCGGCCGGCUCCAUCGUUCACGCGGACUCUGGCGGCGGCGGCGGCGGUGGCGGCGGCGGCAUGCAGCCGGGCAGCGUGGCCGUCACCUCGGUGGCGGGCGGCUACCGCGGCGACCCGGCGGCCAAGAUGGUCCAGAGCGACUUCAUGCCGGGCGCCAUGGCCGCCAGCAACGGCGGCCAUAUGCUGAGCCAUGCCCACCAGUGGGUGACAGCCCUGCCCCACGCCGCCGCCGCCGCCGCAGCCGCCGCCGCCGCCGCCGCCGAAGCGGGCUCGCCCUGGUCCGGCAGCCCCGUGGGCAUGACGGGCAGCCCCCAGCAGCCGCCGCCGCCGCCCGACGUCAAGGGCAGCGGCGGGCGCGAAGAUCUGCACUCGGGCGCGGCGCUGCACCACCGGCCGCCCCACCUGGGCCCCCCGCACCAGGGGCACCCGGCGGCCUGGGGGGCGGCGGCGGCCGCCCACCUACCCUCCAUGGCCGGCGGGCAGCAGCAGCAGCAGUCGCUCCUCUACUCGCAGCCCGGGGGCUUCACGGUGAACGGCAUGCUGAGCCCCCCCCCCGGCGGGCAGAGCCUGGUGCACCCGGGGCUAGUGCGCGGCGAGACGCCGGAGCUGGGUGAGCACCCCGGGCACCACCACCAUCACCACCACCAGCACCCCGGGCACCACCCGCCGCACCACGGCGGCGUCAACAGCCACGACCCGCACUCGGACGAGGACACGCCGACCUCCGACGACCUGGAGCAGUUUGCCAAGCAGUUCAAGCAGCGGCGGAUUAAGCUGGGCUUCACCCAGGCCGACGUGGGGCUGGCGCUGGGCACCCUCUACGGCAACGUCUUCUCGCAGACCACCAUCUGCCGCUUCGAGGCCCUGCAGCUCAGCUUCAAGAACAUGUGCAAGCUGAAGCCUUUGUUGAACAAGUGGCUGGAGGAAGCCGACUCCUCCACGGGCAGCCCCACCAGCAUCGACAAGAUCGCCGCCCAGGGCAGGAAGAGGAAGAAGCGGACCUCCAUCGAGGUGAGUGUCAAGGGGGCCUUGGAGAGCCACUUUCUGAAAUGCCCCAAGCCCUCCGCCCAGGAGAUUACGAACCUAGCGGACAGCCUGCAGCUGGAGAAGGAGGUGGUCAGGGUUUGGUUUUGCAAUCGGAGGCAGAAAGAGAAACGGAUGACCCCCCCGGGGAUCCAGCAGCAGACCCCCGACGAUGUCUACUCCCAGGUCGGCACUGUCAACUCCGACACGCCGCCCCCUCACCACGGACUGCAGACCAGCGUGCAGUGA